AUGGAGUUGAACGGGCCCAUCCUUGAUGAGGCCCAAUAUCGCACCGAUGUCCUCCACCACCCCUCACCGGAAUCGGAAGCAGCGCAGGCGCAACAAUUAGCUGAAGAGGCUGAACAGCUGGGUCUGAAUGUGCCAGAGAUCGAGGCAUCCGCGCCACUAGCUGCCUCGAUCGCCUCAGGAAUGGUCGAUCUCUCCUCGCCAGUCCUGUCUUCUGGAUCGUCGACCGAUCGGAAUUCCGUCUGCGGCUCCGUUACUCCGUCCCAUGAGCCAUCCUCCCCCGUGCCAUCCGUGCUCGAUCAAAUCGUUUCGUCGUUGUCGGAUGUCACGCUUGCCUCGGGUCACUUUAAGGCCAGCAGUACGCGAUCGCUGGCUUCGCUGUCUACACGCCCGACCUCAUUUUGCUCCAGCGAGGGGAGAACGGGCCUUAUCGGUCACGGAUAUAAUGAGCCAUUUGAGGCCAAUUCGCAUCGGCAUUCAAUUUUCAGUGUCGCAUCUGCUGAUAAGAAGGAGAGGCGAAGGAGCAGUUUGAAGUCUGCCAUUGGGAGAAUUCAUUUCCGCAAGAGGCGCACAUCCUCGGCCAUUACCUUGCCCUCGGAAGGGCGCAUGACUGUAUCCACGAGCGACAAAGGCGUUGAACAUGUUUUUUUCGAACCUAAACCGGAACCUCAUGAUGCUGCCCAUGAUGUUUCACCCCAUGCGAGCAAUGAGGCAUCACUUCCCAGAUUGGAAAUUCCUCGAUUCAGCAAAGAGGAGUUACAAAGAAGUCUGGACGAUCCGGAGUUAAGUGAAAUGCACGAGCGACAUCGGAUGGAAAGGAACCGACAUCUCGAGUUCCAAGACGCCGCUCUAAGUACCCUCCGGCGUCGGCAUCAGACCGCUAUCUCAGAGAAGCAGUCUGAUGGCCACCGCCAGGAGGAUGAGAAACGCGAGAAGAACAUCCAAGCCAUAACCCAAAUUGAAGAGCGACAGCUAGCGGUAGAAAUCGAACAGCAGCGCGAGUUCGAUCGAGCCAAGAUGAAUUCGCGUACCCGCAUCAAACAUAUGGAGGGAUAUCUCCGCAAUGCCAGCCCACCGCCAUCUCCCGCCGGAACAUCGAUCAGAGCCGAACGAUCCGGACGCUCCUCCGAAUCGUUCUCGGAAUGCGACUCAACCCCACCAGCCCGUGUCCUUACUCGCCAACACAUGGAGCAACUAGAACAACAAUACCAUUCCCACAAAAGCAUGGACCAACUCCACGACGCCCGCAUCAAAGUCCUCCGUGAUCGCCAAGAACUUAAGCUGCAGGAAGCCACGGCGCGUAUGGAGAAGGAGCUGGAUGAGAUGUGUGACCAAAAUAUCCAGGCCAUUGCUACCCUGCGAGGCGAGCACCAACGAGAAGAAACCUCUCUCAUGCAAGCCUUGGAUACGAAAAAGACAACUUUGCGGCACCGCUGGUAUUUGGAAGAGGCUGUCCUACGUCGGCAUCUCGAGGUGCGACAUGGCCAAUCAUAUGGUCCUUUGCCGCUUGUCGCUUUCACCCCCAAUACCCCCAUUGAUGGUGUGGAACACUCACCACUCGAAACGUCAACCCCGGAUACAAUCCAUCCCAGCCAGGAUUAUCUACCCUUCUAA